GUGCUCUUUAUACACACAAAAUGAAACGUAGAAAAAAUAGAACAAAGAAAAUCAAACAAGUGCGUCCUGGUACAGAAGUCAUGUCAUGGGAUUGCUUCAUAAAGGUUCCAAACUCUUGAAAAUAAUUCUGGAUUCCCUGGAAGAUCAAGAGGGUGGAGCUAUGUAUAUAUCGUGCGAUGUCUCAAAUGGUGGUCCUGUGGAACCAGAAACGGGAUACGUUCCCAAUAAUCCAUUAUUCGGCUUGACGUUGGAUAGUCCACAGCAAGAGUGUGCUGCAUCCUGCGUCGGCUGUUUAUCCUGCCAAGGUAGUACCGUCCUACCCAUAUCCUCAUUAACAUCUAACGAUUUCGAUUGUGGUUCCUGUUUCGAUCCGACUACUAGUGUACUCGGAUCAGCACAAAAUAACUCUCAAGGCAAUCUCAUAGUUAAUAGCAGUAGCAGUAAUAGCUAUUGGACAACUGAUGAAAUGGCUUCGACAUUUCCGGGACUACCAACACUAGAUAUUGAUCCAUUACCGAGUCUUUUUCCCUUUUCACCGUGUGGUGCUUCCUAUAAUUUCUCAACAAAUCCACAUCAGGCUUCGCUCUCUUGUACUGUACAUCCGCACCAAAUGUUAAUAUCGCCUAAUAGCCAUCAGCAAGGCACAGUACAAAGUCAGCAGACAUCGCACGGCAAUGCAUUCAGUUCCACAGCACAAUCAUGUUAUUAUGAUCCAACAAGUGUUGCUACUGUUACAACAGGCACCGGUGGUACAACUCCUUGUGGUCAGCACAUGAAUGCAAAUAACGCACCGCCAAUGUAUCCAAGCAUGAGUGUCAAUGUAAGCAUGAAUAUGACUAUGCAUGGUUAUGGCACAGAUGCGGGAAUGCCAAUGCAAUGCUCGCAGAUGCAAUGGACACCUCCAAAUUCUUCAUCGGCUGUUAAUGUUUUAUAUCCACCACUGCUUAGCCCAACA